CAAAAGUCUCUAGUAGCAGCCGAGCUACGUUCCAAUACGAUGCAACGCCGAGUGAAUAAAACUUCGUGUAUCGCGCUAGUUUGAAAUUUGAAUUUGAGCGGUAUGAAUUAAUGUUAACUUCCGUGUACUUGACAAAAUAUUGAUCGACGCGUCUCCCGCCUUCUGUGGACAUUUUUCACUGAGACCAAUUUAAGGAUGCUGGAUUAUCGUUGUGGAUCAGCCGCUCUCGAGCCGUAUUGUGCCUAAAUGUAAGACAGACCCCGCGUAGCAGGUGGUCGAUCUUAAAGAAAUUAAUAUCAGUGAAUAUGCCUACCGAAAUGAAGUGUGUCCUGAAAUUCACCAGGAUCAGUGAACAUGCAUUCCCUCCUGUAAAAGGCUCAGAUAAAGCAGCAGGUUUUGAUUUAAAAAGUGCCUAUGACUAUAUUGUACCUGCACGUGGAAAGGAACUGAUUAAGACUGACUUGCAAAUAGAAUUGCCAUCUGGAUGCUAUGGUAGAGUGGCUCCUCGAUCUGGAUUAGCUGUUAAAAACUUUAUUGAUGUUGGCGCUGGUGUUAUCGAUGAAGAUUACAGAGGCAAUGUCGGGGUCGUAUUAUUCAACCACUCCAAUGAGGACUUCAAAGUCAACAAAGGUGACAGAAUUGCCCAACUAAUAUGUGAACGUAUAUAUUACCCUGAUUUAGUAGAAGUUUCGAAUUUAAGUGAAAGUAAAAGAGCAGACGGAGGAUUUGGUUCAACAGGAAUUCAAUAAAUUUUCAUGUGAUAUUUAUAUUUAAGGCAGUAUUAAUAAACACUUUUGCAAA